AUGGAUUGGAACUUUCUCCAGGGUCUUCUCAGCGGGGUCAAUAAGUACUCCACGGCCUUCGGACGGAUCUGGCUGUCGGUCGUCUUCGUCUUCCGGGUGCUGGUCUUCGUCGUGGCUGCCGAGCGGGUCUGGAGCGACGACCAGGGACACUUCGAAUGCAACACCCGCCAGCCCGGCUGCACCAACAUCUGCUACGACUACUUCUUCCCCAUCUCGCACAUCCGCCUCUGGGCCCUCCAGCUCAUCUUCGUCACCUGCCCGUCCUUCAUGGUGGUGCUGCACGUGGCCUACAGGGAGGACAGGGAGCGGAAGCACCGGGCCAAGCACGGCGAGAACGCCCGGCUGUACGACAACCCGGGUCAGAAGCACGGCGGCCUGUGGUGGACCUACCUGCUGAGCCUCUUCAUCAAAACCGGCUGCGAGAUCACCUUCCUGUACCUGCUCCACUACAUCUACGACAGCUUCAAGCUCCCCAGGAAGGUCCUGUGCGACGUCAGCCCCUGUCCCAACGUGGUGGACUGCUUCAUCUCCCGGCCCACCGAGAAGACCGUCUUCACCUACUUCAUGGUGGGGGCGUCAGCUCUGUGCAUCAUACUCAGCUGCUGUGAGAUUUGCUAUCUGAUUGCCCGACGGCUGGUGAAACUGAAGCAGCGAGGCACCGUCCGAACCUCGUCCAGAAAGAUUCGGUCCGACCGCAACGGCCUCAAACCGCCUCUCACAGCCUAG